AUGUGCUGCUGUGGUGUCCGUAGACAGUGGUGCCUUUUGCACGGGGUGGUUUAUAACAGUUGUGGCUAGACCAAGGCACACCAGCUAGAUCAUACGUGUGCUCUGUUAGCGCGAGGGGUGAAGUUUUCUUUGAGGCUGCUCGCGAGAACCUUUUUGCUCCUUUCGCAUUACCUGUUCCACCUGGCGGAUGUUGGCCGCAUUAUGGGACCGUGAAAUGAGGACGCGGGGAAUCGCAGGCACCUCUGUAGACCCGCUGUCGCAGGAGGAAGCGAUGGGCGCUGAGGAAGAGUGGGUGCUGCGCGCCAUGCUGCGCCAAAUCGUCCGCCAUACACUCACCAACAAUGGUCAGGCGAGCAUGGCGGGCCUUCUCUACCCACAGUCCAGCGCCAUAGACGAGGAGAUAAUCAGCAAGUCAGAUGAUGCGCGACAGCUUUUCAAUGUAGUCAAGGUGAUUACCGAAGAGCAGAAUGCAGAGCUCCAACAGUUGUUGGCUGAGAACAAAUCUUCGUGGUGUAACGAAAAGGACAUCGUGGAUUUCUUUAGUGAACUUCUACGCGUGCUGUUCGACAAGCCCACCCCUGGAAAGAUCGUGAUAGCCUUCGGGAUCACUGGACAUAUAGCACUUAACUCGGAGCACCGUGGAAUCGUGUUCGUCAAGCGUGCUGUCCUUGCGUUGGAGGAUGAGAUAACUGAGUUCCUGCGCGAGCGGUAUGGCCUUACACAAAAUAAGGAGACGUUGAAGAGCAAUAAUGAUGAAAUCAGCACGGAUCCUAUCAAGGAGACCACCACACGGCUGAAUCAGACUGCGAAAACCGGUGCACAGUUUGUGGGGUUCGAGGCCAGACCAGUAGUCAUUGCUACAUGGGUUUUACCCGUACUCAAGCGUACUCAAGGGCUGAGAAUCUUCUCGGGGCCAGGUCUCUACACGAGGCUUUUCGGCCUAACUGAGCGGAGCUGGAGACACUAAAAACAACAAGAACAGCACCGUGUGAACGGUCAGUCGCUGUAGUACAAUCGCUUGUAAAAAACCGAAUGCUUCCUUCUUACAGCAUGUGACGUUUCAAACGUAGCUUGCCGCUUCCUUACUCCAUGCGAAAUCAAAAGUGCUCUGGACCAAUGAAAUCGAAUUUACUUACAUAUAAUUAUAAUAUCAGGAACUUUCCUCUACUGCACCUUCUGUGCUGCUGAUGCUCAACUCCUGUGCAGAUCCUGAUGUGCUAGCCUUCUGAUCAAUCCAGCCAGGGGAGAGCAGCAGCUGCAUGGGAAAUCCCCCUAUUUCUUAUUCCAAACUAGGUUGGUUUGUUUCUUCUUUUUCCUUCCUUACUUGUCUUUUUUCCUACCUCUCUUACCAGUUUUAUCAUCCCACAUACCGGUAUAUCAUCAGUCAAGCUAAAACAUGAAACUCUUCGACUGGGAAACAGCCUUUGGGGAAAUAUAAUUAUAUCAAAUAAAUUAAAUUUCAAAUCUGCCUGUCGUAGGCCUCCCAUGCAGGUGCGUUUUCAGCCGUGACCUCAUUUGAUUAUUUGUUACGCACGCCAAAACCUUUACAAUGUCAAUUUUAUGAGGCUGUUAUACCCUGCGACCAGUCCCAGCGGCGGAAAAAUUCAUUUCGAAAAUUCA